AUGUUUAACGUUGAUUUAUUUACCACCUAUCUAAUGAGCCAAAUUAGAAUCACACAAGGUCUUUUUAAUUUUGACCAUCCCGAUGCCUUUGACACUGAGCUUAUUUUGAAGACUCUACGACAAAUUCUGGAUGGCAAAAAAAGGUUUAAAUUUGGGGUUCUGGGUGUUCCCGUGUAUGACUGGUGCUUUAGAGAUAUUAUACACUCCAGUCCUGUUCUUGUAUCUCCUCACAGGUUAGACACCACCACGACAAUCUACCCAGCUGACGUGGUGCUGUUCGAGGGCAUAUUGAUGUUCUAUCAGCCGGAGAUGCGGGAACUCUUCCACAUGAAGCUCUUUGUUGACUCUGAUGCCGACACUAGACUGGCUAGAAGAGUUAUGCGUGACACACGUGAACGCGGAAGGAAUCUGGAACAUGUUUUGAACCAGUACACAAAUUUGGUCAAACCUGCUUUUGAGGAGUUCUGCUUACCGACAAAGAAGUUUGCCGAUGUCAUCAUUCCCCGAGGAGCAGAGAAUACAGGUAAGACCAUUUUUCCUGUAGUUCAAACACGAAGCAGCGCACACCAAGUCUUUAAGGGCCUUUCACUGAGAGUCAGACAGUAAGAGGGAGUAGUUGUUCAUGGUGCUAAAACAAAAGCCUCGAGAUAUGCCUCUGAAGCUACGGUAGUUAUUUUUGUUUAUAUUUUGAAUAAGACAGUACUUAGGAUUUUUUAUUUCUUAAUAUAUUUUGUUCUUUUUAUUUAUUUUAUUUUUUUGUGAAGUGAUGUGAUGAUUGACUGACCUAGCACGAUAACCUUUCGCUAGAAUAGCGGUGAUCUUUGUAUGAAACCGGGUCAUCGCAGAGUGUGCAUGCUGGUACAUUUGUUUGCUUAUGCACAUAGUCUUCUCUUAUUUGUAUGUGCAAGUCAUGCGAUUAUUGAGAGAGAGAGCAAAUGCUGGUGCUAGUUUAUGAAUUUGUCAUCUUAGUCAAUUUUAGUUGUGCACAUAAUUUAUCUUUGUGUUUGGAAAGACAGCAUUUGA